AUGAGAGCUCGUUUCAACGCGACGAACGAUCGAGUGCCCUUAGCGCCAAAGGCGCCGAUUCGGCCGAACACAUCGAUAGCUGUGGAUUGGGUAACCAAGGGCGGGAAAAACGCCGUGCACCGCGGGGACUCGAAAUUCGUCCCUAGGCCCGGUGUGAAGGAGGAAGGCCCUGCCGUCGCCACGUCAGCAACCAGGCCUCCAGCUGACAGCAACAGUGCUGUUGCGGAUCUUGCUGCUUCUGCUGCUGCUGGCGCAAGUGAAAGUAACACUGGCUACAAAGGUAACGGCAGUGAGAGCAGCGGUAGUGCUGACAGCGACACGUGGGAGGCUCGGAUUCGCGCGCUUGAAGAACAGCUGGAGAAAGCGAACGUGGAAACCGCGUUUCUGAAAGCGCGAAACACGGAGCUGCAGGCUCGGCUGUUAGACAAGGAUAACGAGCCGCGCCCUCAUCAGGUGGUGAAGACCAGACUGCCUGCCUCAAUCGCCGCAGCAAAAGCAGUGGGGGAUGUGGGGAUGAGAGGAGCGAUGGGAGUUACAAUUGGUGCUGGCGUGGAAGGGAGAGGCAACUGCAGCAGGCCUGAGAGCGAGAAUUUGGGGCCUGUUGACCAGAACAAGAGCAGCAGCGGUGGGGACGCUGGUGGAAUUGACUCCAGCAGCGGCAGAAGCAGUGGCGUCAGUGGUGACGAGGAGAGGGGGAGAGAGGAUGCGGUGACAGGCAGAGGAGAGCAAUGGAGUACUGUUGAGGAUGGUGUUACCAGGAGCAAUUACAGCAGCAAUGGGAUGCCGUUGGAGUUGCAGCUGGCAGCAGCUCAUGCGAGGAUAGCUGUGCUGGAGAGAAUACUCAAGGCCCGUGCCAAUCAAUCCUCUCUCCCCCGCCUCCCCUCCGCCUCCUCCACUUGGAAGCCUAUCCCCCGCCCGCCCAUGCCAUCCCCCGCCUCCCAAGCACCUCCCAAGCCUGCUGUCACGCCGCAACAUCCACCCAAGCCUCCAACCCUUGCAAAGCAAGGGCCUGUCUUUGAAUCGACCCAAACAACGUUCACAGGGGUGCAGCACGAGGGGCGGAGAGACGAGGGCUUGUCCGUGGGCUCGCAGUCAGUUCUGGGAGGCAACGCCGGGAUGAGCGCUGGGAUGGGGAGGGCUGUUGCUGAGGAUAGUGGGGCGGAUGGGGGGUUGGGUACAGAGGCGGUGGCUGAGGGAGGUGUGGUGCUGGUGGUGCGGCCGUGGGACAGUGAGGGCGUGUCUCGGCUGCAGCAGGAGCUGGCAGAGGCAAAGGCGGUGCAGCAGGCGACAGUGGGGAAACUCAAGGCCGCGGAACAGCAGUUAGGGAGACUCUCUGCUGUGCGAGAGGAGGUGGAGGGAGGGGUGGUGCUGGUGGUGCGGCCGUGGGACAGUGAGGGCGUGGCUCGGUUGCAGCAGGAGCUGGCAGAGGCACGAGCAGUGCAGCAGGCGACAGUGGGGAAGCUGAAAGUGGUGGAGCAGCAGUUAGGGAGACUGGCGGCUGUGCGAGAGGAGGUGAGUGCUUGUUGUGCCUAG